GGAGCAGAGCGUUGGGGCGGCGCGGCGCGGCUCGGUGCAUUUCCAGGCGUCGCGCUCCAGUGCGCGGUAGAGAACCCUGAACUCGGAGCGCUGACAGUCCCAGCAGGGCAAGGGGGCGCGGCGUCCUGGUCCUCGCGCUUGGGAGACAGAUGCGCCUGGGCGUCGGGGCAUGCGGACCUAAGCUCGGGUGAAGCUCUCGGGAAGGGCAAGACGGCUGCGACGAGAUGCGAGCAGAGGAGCCCAGCGCCCCGGGAGCCCAGCGCGCGCCGGGCCCUGAGCUGCGCCUGUCCAGCCAGCUGCUGCCCGAGCUCUGUACCUUCGUGAUGCGCGUCCUUUUCUACCUGGGGCCUGUCUACCUAGCUGGCUACCUGGGGCUCAGCAUAACCUGGUUGCUGCUCGGCGCUCUGCUGUGGAUGUGGUGGCGCAGGAACCGCCGCGGGAAGCUCGGGCGCCUGGCCGCCGCCUUCGAAUUCCUUGACAAUGAACGCGAGUUCAUCAGCCGCGAGCUGCGAGGCCAGCACCUGCCAGCCUGGAUCCACUUCCCGGACGUGGAGCGGGUCGAGUGGGCCAACAAGAUCAUCUCUCAGACCUGGCCCUACCUGAGCAUGAUCAUGGAAAGCAAGUUCCGGGAGAAACUUGAGCCCAAGAUCCGGGAGAAGAGCAUCCACCUGAGGACCUUUACCUUUACCAAGCUCUACUUUGGACAGAAGUGCCCCAGGGUCAACGGUGUCAAGGCACAUACUAACAAGUGCAAUCGAAGGCGUGUGACUGUGGACCUGCAGAUCUGCUACAUCGGGGACUGUGAGAUCAGUGUGGAGCUGCAGAAGAUUCAGGCUGGUGUGAACGGGAUCCAGUUGCAGGGCACCCUGCGGGUCAUCCUGGAGCCCCUGCUAGUGGACAAGCCCUUUGUGGGAGCCGUGACUGUGUUCUUCCUUCAGAAGCCGCACCUACAGAUCAACUGGACUGGCCUGACCAACCUGCUGGAUGCACCGGGAAUAAAUGAGGUGUCCGACAGCCUGCUGGAGGACCUCAUUGCUGCCCACCUGGUGCUGCCUAACCGUGUGACUGUGCCUGUGAAGAAGGGGCUGGAUCUGACCAACCUGCGCUUCCCUCUGCCCUGCGGAGUGAUCAGAGUGCACUUGCUAGAGGCAGAGAAGCUGGCCCAGAAGGACAACUUCCUGGGGCUCCAAGGCAAGUCAGAUCCCUACGCUAAGGUGAGCAUUGGUCUGCAGCAUUUCCGGAGUAGGACCAUCUACAGGAACCUGAACCCCACCUGGAACGAGGUGUUUGAGUUCAUGGUGUACGAAGUCCCUGGGCAGGACCUGGAGGUAGACCUGUAUGAUGAGGAUACCGACAGGGAUGACUUCCUGGGCAGCCUGCAGAUCUGCCUUGGAGAUGUCAUGACCAACAGAGUGGUGGAUGAGUGGUUUGUCCUGAAUGACACAACCAGCGGGCAUCUGCACCUGCGGCUGGAGUGGCUUUCAUUGCUUACCGACCAGGAAGCUCUGACCGAGGACCAUGGUGGCUUUUCCACUGCCAUUCUCGUGGUCUUCUUGGAGAGCGCCUGCAACUUGCCGAGAAACCCUUUUGACUACCUGAAUGGUGAAUAUCGAGCCAAAAAACUCUCCAGGUUUGCCAGAAACAAGGUCAGCAAAGACCCUUCUUCCUAUGUCAAACUAUCUGUAGGCAAGAAGACACAUACAAGUAAGACUUGUCCCCACAACAAGGACCCUGUCUGGAGCCAGGUUUUCUCCUUCUUUGUGCACAAUGUGGCCACUGAGCAGCUCCAUCUGAAGGUGCUUGAUGAUGACCAGGAGUAUGCUCUGGGAAUGCUGGACGUCCCCCUGUGCCAGAUCCUCCCCUAUGCUAACCUCACUCUUGAGCAGCGCUUUCAGCUGGACCACUCAGGCCUGGACAGCCUCAUCUCCAUGAGGCUGGUGCUUCGGUUCCUGCAAGUGGAGGAACGAGAGCUGGGGAGCCCAUACACAGGACCUGAAGCCCUAAAGAAAGGCCCUCUGCUCAUCAAGAAGGUGGCUACCAACCAGGAUCCCAAAGCCCCACCUCAGGAAGAAGGCCCUACAGAUUUGCCUUGUCCCCCAGACCCUGCUUCUGAUACUAAGGACACAUCCAAGAGUACCACAGCCACCACCAGUGCUACCACCGUUGCCACUGAGCCCACACCCCAAGAGACAGGCCCAGAGCCUAAAGGCAAGGACAGUGCCAAAAGGUUCUGUGAGCCCAUGGGGGAGAAGAAGAGUUCAGCCACCAUCUUCCUGACUGUCCCGGGUCCCCACUCUCCAGGGCCCAUCAAGUCACCCAGACCCAUGAAAUGCCCUGCCUCCCCAUUCGCAUGGCCGCCCAAGAGGCUGCCUCCCAGCAUGUCCUCGCUCAACUCCUUGGCCUCUUCUUGCUUUGACCUGGCAGAUAGCAGCCUCAACAUUGAAGGCGGAGACCCCAGGCGACGGCAGCUGGGCGAGAUUCAGCUCACAGUGCGCUAUGUGUGUCUGCGGCGCUGCCUCAGCGUGCUAAUCAAUGGCUGCAGAAACCUGACACCAUGUACCAGCAGUGGAGCUGAUCCCUACGUCCGUGUCUACUUGUUGCCAGAAAGGAAGUGGGCAUGUCGUAAGAAGACUUCAGUGAAGCGGAAGACCUUGGAACCUCUGUUUGAUGAGACAUUUGAAUUUUUUGUUCCCAUGGAAGAAGUAAAGAAGAGGUCACUAGAUGUUGCAGUGAAAAAUAGUAGACCACUUGGCUCACACAGAAGAAAGGAGUUAGGAAAAGUACUGAUUGACUUAUCAAAAGAAGAUCUGAUUAAGGGCUUUUCACAGUGGUACGAGCUGACUCCAAAUGGACAGCCCAGAAGCUGAUGAUGAGAAUCCUUAUCACUCACCUUUAUAUUGAAAUGUGUAUAUAUGUAUAUAUAUUUUUCCUUUGGAUCACUUACAUCAAAUAUAUGUAGUUUGUCAUUUAAAUCAGAACCACUUGAAAUUAUACAUUCUUGUGUGGAAUUUAACUGCAUGACUGAAUAGCAUAAGGAAGAGGUUAUUUAAAAGCAAGAACUACUUUUUUUGGUUGGAUUUUUUUGUUCAAGUCCCGCAAGAAAUGAUAUAUUUGUGCCUACUAAAUUAUCCAAACCUCAGUGGUUACCUUUCACUUUUAGUAGGUAAUUGUAUACCAUCUGAUUUAGGACUUACCUGAAUGUAUGUACCAGAAAGUAUCCUGCCCCUGGCAUAGGGGCUGGGGGAGAUCUGUUUCUGGAGCCACUACCAGCAUUCCUGGGCAGUGACUGGCCAAAGGGAAGUCACUUUUUUAUGGAAACAGAAAGUGACCCAACUCAAAACUGCCAAGAGCUAACACUGCCAAAGCCCUUCUGGCUGCCACCUGUGGUACUUGUAUGCCUGGAGAUUUGUUCUUUUAUUUGACCUGGAGCUAAAAAUGUUAUUUCCCUACUGGCAAAAAUGUUAUACUGAUAUACUUAAAUACCUUGAGUUAAAUACUCUUGUGUAGUCUACGGGCCAAAUUCCAGCAUGUAGCAUUAUUUCCCUAGGAAAAUGCAAACCAAGUUCCAAACCCAGGUCUAUGUCUGACUCUCAUAGCAAAGCACUGGAGACUGCUGAAGAGUUUCACCGUCAGAGAAAAGGAAGCUUUCAGAUAAGUUUAGGCUACUAAACUUUUCUAAAGAGACGGUUAGUUCACCUAAAUGACAUGUUAAAAGCAAAAUAUAUAAAUUAUAUACUUAAACAAGUGCCUCUUUUACAUUUCAGACUUUACAAGACCAAAUAUACUUCUCAUCCCCUCUAACAUUCCUGGACCUCCUUUUCUCUCUUACUGACUUAGACGUCUGACACUACCUGCCAUCAGUUUUCUGUCUCUGCCACUGCCUUCACUGCCACUUUUCUGAAGCAGGGCAGCAUUCAAAAACAAAGCUUUUGUCAUGUUACUCUUAUUCCAGUUUUCUGCCACCUUAUUCACAUGCAGAUGUUCUAUUCCAGAACAGUCCAAAUACUAUGCUCUGCCGACUCAAGUCCUGUCUCAAACCUAUUUCCUUUAUUAAGUCAAUCAAUAGUGAAAUGGCCUCUUCCCACCGCCUGUAGCAUUUACUGCUGAUACUGAGUAUUUUCCAUUUUAAUAGUUCCCAGCCUUUGUAACACUAAGUUUUAAGAAAUGUUGUGGCUGGGCGCGGUGGCUCAAGCCUGUAAUCCCAGCACUUUGGGAGGCCGAGACGGGCGGAUCACGAGGUCAGGAGA